ACUAGUUUUUAUUGGGUCAAUAUUUGGCAACAUUUGUGUGCUGAAAUCAACAGUUGAAUUCUUGAAAAAUGUGGAAAUGGAUUGUGGAUUCGGUAAAUUGGGAAAUAUAGUGGAUACUGGCAUAUUAAAUGAUUGGUUUAAGGCUGAUUUUUACAGAACGAUAAAGCAUACAUCAAUUUAUUUGUUGAGUUAACCUAAUAAAGAAUUAAUUAUAAUGAGAAUUAAAUAAUAUAUAAUAAUAAGUAUGUGAUUGGUAAACUAUGUAGUUCAUGUCCAUAUUUAAUGUGUUUCUAAUAAUUUGAGGACAAGCAUUUAUUUAAUUAGGUUUCAAUAAUUAUAAACCUGGUGCCUACAAAGGCUAUUUACUUCUACUAUAAUUAUCUAAAUAUGUAUAAAACCUCUGGCCUUAGUUUCUUAUACAAAUCAUUAGAUCGUUCUCUUGCCUUAAAUCUUUUACAACACUAUUAAUGGAGUUCAUUUCGGUGAUUCUCCUCCACUUCACUGCGUGGCAGCGCAUUCAAGUUUGUUGUCUAAGUCAUUCGUUUGGCCAGCACAUUCUUUUGUCUAACUAGACACCGAUAUAUGGACGGCAAGUGCGUGAGUGUGAGUGCUUGGCCAAAAUAAACAGCCCAAGGACCUCGGCAUGUGUCUAUGGAAACUGUUGCAAUUGUUGUUCAAAUAUAAACAAACGAUAUGUGAGCCGGCUAACGGUAUACAUAUGCAUUUAGAUGUUCGGUGCUUGGUUCGGUGAUUGGUGAUAAAGUACCAAGUGUGGAAACCGGUUGUCGUCAGUUGCCUCUUAACAUUCUACGGGCACGCAAUCCGGCAAUCCGUGGAGAAUUAUUGUAAAUAUAUAUAGAAAAAGGUUAAUAUAAUGCACCGAUGCUAUUGCGGCAGUACGGGAUUACGAGAUGUGACACGACAGCAGCAGCAGCUACAUGUCCGUCCGCAGCAUCCACGUGGCGAUUUGAUGUCGGUGACCUCAUCCUCCCGUCAAAGUCAGCGAGCCACGCAGUUUGUAAAGAGACCCAGCCUCAAGACAGCGCCCAGACUUGGUUUGGGGCACUCCAGCACCGAGCUGGGCAACGACUUUAGUCGCCGGAACUCGGCUGCCACCACGGUGAGUCACUGCUCCAGCUGCAGCUGCAGCAGCUCCACCCAGCAACGACAGCAGAGCAGGGCCAAGGUGCUGCGUUGGGGUUGGGAGCGAACAGGAGGUGUCGACACCAACACCAACACCAGGGGUCGCAUAACUACAGCCAACAACUACGCCUUGUUUACGGACAAUCGACGGCUUUAUGAGCAGAGCGCAUGCGUCGCCAGUCGCCAGAUGAGCCAAGGUCAGGGUCAGGUUCACAGUGGCAACUCAUCGCCUUCGCCACGCCUAGUUCAGUAUCCAACCAAACAAUCGACGGAUGAACUGCAGCAGUUGCAGGCUCUGCAGCAAUUUCGCCUCAUGAACAUGAAUGAUUGCUUCAGCGAUAGCCGACAGAAUGAGCUCCGACUGCAGCAGGCCUAUGAUCAAUUGAAUGCCACCAACAUGGAUAAGUGGAACAAGAAUAGAGCCAAUGAGAGCAGGCAGCAGGAAGGAAGCUCUAGCUCCAGCUCCAACACGACCACACCCUAUGCCCUGCGGCAGAAGUUGCUGCAACUAAGGCUGCAGGCGGAGGAGAAGUGCGGACGAGGCACUGGCGCCAUGUGUGCUCCCUUGGAGAAGAGUUGUGCCUUGCGAUAUAAUUAGUUUAAGAUGCUAUAAGAAUAUUUGAUAAUACUAGCAAUAAGC